UUAUAGGCUACUAUUUGAUCAGUUAUGGCCCCCAGAUUUCAACAAUUAGGUUUUAUGUAACACUUUACAAUGUCUAAUAAAUUGUUAACAUUAACCUUUGUUAUUACUAGUUAAUCAAAAAUGUUAUAAUUUGUUCACAGUGAAGUAACUAAUGUUAACAGAUACAAUUUUUGACCUUAAAAAUGUAGGCCGAUUAGUCAAUGUUGAGCUUAUAAGAUUAAUAUACUGUAGAAGUAUUGUUCAUGUUAACAAAUGAAACCUUAUUGAAUAUAUUGUUACUGGUUUUUAUUGCAACUCAGAAGUUUUUUAAACACAAAUACAUAUUGUCAAAUACAUCAUCAUACUGUAAAGAAAAUUGAAUUCUUGGAAUUUCUGUUUACAAAAAUGUCCCAAAAUGUCACGAUUAUUGCAGUAUUUAGAAUACAUCUUUUUUUUUUUUUUUUUUUGAGGGAUAAAAAGUUAGGGUUGUCAUAAAUGCCACAGUUUACUAGUUUGCAGUUUUGAGGCAGACCAGAAACCACAUGCCUGGUAUUCAAAAACGGCCAAACUAAUGUCUUCCAGCUCUGAAGGUAAAAUAAAUAAUGGACUAGGUACGUCAACAUGAGCGAAUUCCUCAACGGUGAGAAAGAUUAGCUGCUCAAAUUCCUCAAGUGGAGAGAGACAAGUGUGCAAACGGCCUAUUGUAUCAUAGGCUAUCUAUACACAAGGAACUAUGAAGGGACCUAAGUGCCUUUUAGUGUCAUGCUGACACGAGCUGUCAUUUUUCAGAGCAUUUGUCGCUCUUCUGAAACUAUACACGUAUGUGCGAGCGCGCGGUCACCGGUGGGUGGUGUCAGCACGCGCUAUAAAUAUAGGUACAUUUGAUCUGAACAUUUAAAAAAAAUCGCUUUUUCCUUUACACCGGAGAUUUUACUGAGAUGAUGAUGAAGAUGAUGCUCAGAAUUGCUCUCGGCACUGAAAUGGAAUUGUUUUGGAAGAUAUUUUUCAUAUAGAACUCCGCCUGACAACUUUUCACAACUAACUAUUGGUCGCGCGCGCAAUAAGGACGCUGGUAAAAUGGCAAAACUGUUUGCGGAUGCCCUUUUGUUAACUGUGAGCUUGUUAAACAUUUUCACCGUGGGUGCAUCAUUGUCCCGGACAGGAGACCUGCACUCAUCUCCAGUCUUCUGUGAUGAUCCGAACAGUGUUUUACAUCAGCAGACAGAAGCAGAGCUCAUUUCAGCAUCACACACCCACACGAGAUCCAAACGCUGCACUUGCUACUCUUUCAAGGACAGGGAAUGUGUUUAUUACUGUCACUUGGGCAUCAUCUGGAUCAACACCCCACAGCGCACAGUUCCGUAUGGCAUGUCAAGUUACCGCAGCCCUCAGCGAUUGAGACGCUCCAGUGGGACAGAAGGGCUGCUGCUUCACCGCUGCACAUGUGCAGACCACAAUGAUGCUCAGUGCUACAACUUCUGUGAUACAAGAACACAGAAUGUGCCUGACCGAAGACUGAGAGGACGUUAAACCACUGGCUUCUCAUGACAUCUCGACCCUCUGAGAUCAGGACUAAUGAUCAGCAUCAAACCGGACACCAAACUAGGCACAGGUUUUGGGUUUUUACAGAUGUGGAGCAAAACCUAGCCCGCAUUCCUCGCCAUGUUAUAUUUCCUGGAACACCCUUGACUCAUCUGGUCCACGGUAACAAGUGAAUUCUUUAGAAAACUCUUUGCAGAUUUCGGAAGCAUGUCUGUGUGGCACCAACAUCUUUGCUUCAAGGGUUAUGUCCACUUGUUUCAGUGUGACUUUGCACUGACUUUACAUCUAAUGCAAAUAUUCAUUGGACAUCCUUGAAUUUGGGAGCCUUGCAGUAUUGGAAGUAAAUCUGUAAAACACACUCUGGAUAAUAUCCACUUUGUGGGCAGAUUUUCAGAGAGCACACAGAUGGAUUAAUGGGUGAAGAUGGAGAUGAAGCGUGUUUUGAAUUUUUACGUGUACCGAGGCUCCUUCACUUUGCCCGAUAACGGAAAAUGAAACGCUUAACGUUGUUAUUGUGGAUGAACUGUUAGGAAAUCUCCUGAGAGAAAGAUUGGCUGAUUAACGCCACAAUUUUUUAAAUCUCCAGAUAAUAUCCUUCUACAUUUUUUGCUCAAGCAAAAUGUAUCCAGUCUCCACAACAGCAUAUGACAUUUUAAAUUCCUCAGAUGUCUUUCAGCUCCAAUCUUAUUAUUCAUGCAUGAAAGAAUGGGUCCACUGGGACAAAUGCAGAAAGCUGAAUAUUAUACGAAAUUGUCUAAUAAUCAAAUACUAUACCAAAUACUAUACUAAACUAUGACCUGAGAGUUUAAUUUAUUUAUUUUUAUGUACCUAAAUGCUUUAUUCACCAAAUCAUUUAAGGAGACUUGCAUUAAACAUCUUUUAAUGGCUUAUUGCCAAUAAUAAUUGUAUAGUUUCACUACUACUUAAUUUGCACUGGUAUUAUUUGUAUUUGUAAAAGCUUUUAAUUAUCAUAUGGUCAUUUUAGACUGAUAUUAAUGACAAUCUUGAUUUAGUGAAUUUGUCAUACAAAGAGCGCCCUUAACCAACGCAAGUUCCUUUAGUCAGUUUUCCUUUAAUAAUACAGCAAAGAGGAAUGAUAAAUUGGCAACUCAUUGGAAAAGCUGUUGUAAAACGAUAUGUAAACCAUAAGAGUUUUACCAGUGCUUGCAAUAUAUGAUUUUAAAUAAACUUUUUUUUUUUUUUUUUGGCUACUUUGUUACACAACCUUUUGG